AUUUUUUUUCUGAUCAGGGCACCUUCCAAUCUUACACUGAGCGAAAAGACAAUUUUCAACUUUUACUUUUUCUUUCUAGCUCUAGUAAGAAGUUUUAGUACUAGAUUUUAUUUACUCACGUACAUACAAUGUCUAUUUCUGCAUCAAAAGCUAAGAGAGAGCAAAAGCGUUUGGAAAAGGAGGCCAAGAAGUUGGCUGAAGGUAAGGUCACUGGAACCAAGAAGACGAAGAAGCAAGCCGCUAAGGAUGCUGAAGAAAAAGAAGUCGACGAUGCCCAAACUCAAAUUGCCAAGUUGAAGUUGCAAACCGAUGAACACGGGCUUUCUGACAGAGUCACCACCGGUGUUCUUGAAUCUCUUGCCACCUCCAGAGAUAUUAAGAUUUCUUCUUUGUCUCUUCUUUUCCAUGGUAAGGUUUUGAUUUCUGAUACUACUUUGGAACUUAAUUAUGGUCGUAGAUACGGUUUGCUUGGUGAAAACGGUUGUGGUAAGUCCACCCUUUUGAAGUCCAUUGCUGCCGGUGAAUACCCAAUCCCAGAACACAUUGAUAUUUACUUGUUGAAUGAACCAGCUGAACCAACUGAAUUUUCUGCCAUUGAAUACGUUGUCAGAGAAGCUGAACAUGAACUUAAGCGUUUGGAAGACCUUGUAGAAGAUAUCAUUGUUAAGAACGGUCCAGAAGACCCAUCCUUGGAAGGUCUUUAUGAAAAGAUUGAUGACAUGGACCCUGCCACUUUCGAAUCCAGAGCUGCUGUUAUUUUGACCGGUUUGGGUUUCAAUGGUGUCACCAUCAAGAAGCACACCAAGGACAUGUCUGGUGGUUGGAGAAUGCGUGUGGCUUUGGCCAAGGCUCUUUUCGUCAAGCCAACUGUUUUAUUAUUGGAUGACCCAACUGCUCAUUUGGAUUUGGCCGCAUGUGUGUGGUUAGAAGAAUACUUGAAGCGUUUCGACAGAAUCUUGAUUUUGGUUUCCCACUCUCAAGAUUUCUUGAACGGUGUCUGUACCAACAUGAUCGAUAUGAGAAUGAAGCAAUUGCUCUUGUACGGUGGUAACUACGACUCUUAUGUCAAGACCCGUUCUGAACAAGAAACUAACCAAAUGAAGUCUUACAACAAGCAACAAGAAGAAAUUGCUCAUAUCAAGAAGUUUAUUGCCUCUGCUGGUACUUAUGCUAACUUGGUUAGACAAGCCAAGUCUAGACAAAAGAUUUUGGAUAAGAUGGAAGCCGAUGGUUUGAUUCCAGCUGUUGUCCCAGAUAAGGUUUUCUCCUUCAAGUUCCCAGAUGUUGAAAAGUUGCCACCUCCAGUCUUGGCUUUCGAUGGUAUGUCCUUCUCAUACUCCGGUAAGGAAGAAGAUAACUUGUACGAAAACUUGGACAUUGGUAUCGAUAUGGACUCCAGAGUUGCCCUUGUCGGUCCUAACGGUGUGGGUAAGUCCACCUUGUUGAACUUGUUCCAAGGUAAGUUGAUCCCACAAAAGGGUAGAGUUAUCCAACAUACACACAUCAAGUUGGGUGUCUACUCCCAACAUUCUCAAGAUCAAUUGGACUUGACCAAAACUCCAUUGGAGUUUGUCCGUGACAGAUUCCCACACAUUUCUCAAGAUUUCCAAUACUGGAGACAACAAUUGGGUCGUUAUGGUUUGACUGGUGAAGGUCAAACUUCUCAAAUGGCUACUUUGUCCGAAGGUCAAAGAUCUCGUGUUGUUUUCGCUUUGUUGGCCUUGGAAGCUCCAAACUUGAUUUUGUUGGAUGAACCUACUAACGGUUUGGAUUUGUCUACCAUUGAUUCUUUGGCUGAAGCUAUCAACUCUUUCAAUGGUGGUGUCGUCGUUGUUUCGCACGAUUUCAGAUUGUUGGACAAGGUUGCCAAGGAUAUUUUCGUCAUUGAAAACAAGACUGCCACCAGAUGGAAUGGUUCCAUCUUGGAUUACAAGAAGCAAUUGGCAUCUGCUGUUGUCCUUUAGAUGUCACAAUCUUUUUGGUUUCUGUUUUG